CUGUCGGCCAAUCGGUGCCCGGCACUGUCCGCUCGAUGCACGCGGCCUUGCACAAACUUGCACUUGAGAUGGUGCAGGACAAACCAAGACUGUUUUGAAUUAGUACUUCCCACUCUCAAAAGCCAUUGCCGUCGGUGGAUCUCCGGCCAGCCCAAGGCAGCAUCGAUUUGAACAUCGAACCUGCAGCUAUGUUCAACACCACCGUUGAUUUAACCACGAACCGCUGUCCAGCUCUCUACAUGUGUCUGUUCGUAUGAGGCUUGAAAUGAAAAACCGCUCGCCGGUCAAUUACCUCCAUACCUCCCCACAGCCUUCCGAAACGCUCUCGUAACCGAUUAUGUCUCUCACGCUCAAAGUUACGUCGCUGUUCGUCCGGACUCUCGCAAAGCCCGUAGCAAACGCCAUCAAACGCAAUGCCCACGAACACGACCGAUUUCGUCGAAUAUGCGUCAAAUUCGCCCAAGGCCUGCAUCGCGUGGAUAUGCGCAUGCGCCUCGGCCUGCUGCAGGACCCCGCUGUCAUAGACAGGCAAAUCAAGAAAGAAGUCGCCCUAGCAGAGGCUGCGCGCAAAAAAGCAGCGGCACCCACGGUCCUCACCGAAGAGGAAAUGAAGGCAGAGGAAGCUCUCACAGAGAAGGAACGAGAUGCGAUCAAGAAAAAGGCUGAGGAGAGGAUCAAGCCACGCAUACGACCUCUGUCCGAACAAAAGGCCAUCGAGAUGGGUGCCAACUUCGCUGCUGAAACCUUCAUAUUCGCCGUCGGUAUUGCUGUGAUUCUUGUUGAGCAAUGGCGGCAAAGAAGAAAGGCCAAGAAUGCCAGAGACGAUAUAAGGGAAGAUUUGGAGGAGGUGCAGGCUGAGCUCAAGGCGGUCAAGGCAGAGUUUGAGGAGUUCAAAGCGAAACAUCCAGAGCCAGUGUCGUCAAAGCUACUGGGGUUUUGGAAGGGUACUGGGAAGAAGGAAGACGACAAGAUUGAAGCUGUGAGCACCGAGGCGAAGCCGGCGCCCGUCGAGACUCAAGGCGAUGCUGCGCAAACUGCGAAUGGGACGCCUACAACGCAACCAACCCAGCAUAAGGAUUUAGGAAUGUAUACCCGGGAAGCGUAAAUACUCGCAGGCUGGCGAUCCUGUACCUCUCAGGUCGAGCUUAGAGGCCCGUCUUGUUGUGGUUUAUCAAAAACUUCGUUACGAUCAUCUCCUCUCAUGAUACCCUUUCGGCAUAAUAGACGCAUUUGGUUCACAGUCUCCUCCCCGGUUUGUGAUUCAUGACGCAUAUUGUGGAUGUAUCCAGUUGCUUCUAGGAUAUUGUUGUCUACAUCGAUGUAUCAAGCAUGUAUCAGAUCCAAAAGAGACACCUCAAAUA